AUGUACUACAAGAACACGAGAGAUCAUAAUUAUUGGAAACAGGUAACCCGUAUCAGUUCUUUCUAUACAAUAUGGAUGUAUCUUUCCAUCUGUUGCAACAGGAUUAUACUUAACUUCCAAGCUUACAACUGUCAUUCAAAAGAUGUAGGUGAUGGAAAAUGUAUUUUUUUAAUCGAUUUGGAGUUUUGGAGAUUAUUGUUACCAAAUAUGCGUGUAAAAAUAUCAGACAUCAAUGGGCCACACAUUGUACCGUCUUCUUUAACCAAUCACAACGCCACCGCCAUUCACCUACGUCCUCUUCUUCAACAAAAAAAAACCCAAUGUUACAUUCAAACACCUGCAAUCUUCUAUAUCCUUCUCAUAUCCUUUAAUCUCCCAUCACUGCACCGGAGGUUGCCUCGUCUUCUCCCAAUAAAAUCACACCGAUCAGAGAGACGGACCGAAGGAUGGACUUCUGUAUGCCUACGGUUCCAAUCGUUACCAACAGAGGUCGGGUAUGUCGAUUUAAGCCAAUACAACUUUGGGCUGGGAUUACAAUUCGCAUGCUGCUUAAGGAAAGGGCUUGCAUAG